AUGCAUUAUCGCAAAAAUGAGUUUUCUACAGAUAGUCAAGCAACAUUACUGCCUAAAGACCCAUUGCACGAAAAUACGAUGGGUAGUGGAACAGGACCAACAUUUCUAGAUGUCCUUCUCGUUAAUACACACUAUAACUGCCAAGAUCGUUGUAAAGACUAUAAAACAGAAUGCCAAAAUGGCGGUUACCCACAUCCUCGAGACUGCAGCAAGUGCAUAUGUCCAUCAGGUUUUGCGGGGACUUAUUGUGAUGAGAGGGUAAGCUGUCUGUUAAAACUCAAAUGUUUUGAAAAGUACAUUUUAAAUUAAAU